UGUCGCUCUUUCACCGUCACAGACGUUUCGUAGAGCGCGCAGAAGAAACGGCACAUCCGUAAUCUCGUCGCCGCAUCAUCGCGCAAUCUCGAAAUCACGAAAUUCGAGGCGCAAUGGAUACGACGAAUACUCGGCGAACGUUCGACUUGGUCGAUUCCAUCGUGUUCAUUGGGAUGCUGGGCGUCUCUGCCCUUGUAGGCGUCUAUCAGUGGUACGCGUCCAGGAAGAAGGUGGACGCCGUGGGAGAGUACCUUGUAGGCGGCCAAAAGAUGUCUAUAUUUCCGAUAAGCAUGUCACUGAUAGCAAGCUACAUAUCGGGUAUAGCAAUGUUGGGAUUGCCGGCCGAAAUGUACGUUUACGGCACGCAAUUAUGGUGCGUCGUGAUCGCGGAUACUUUUGUAUCCGUGACGAUGGCGAUCGUGUACCUGCCAGUUUUCUACGGGCUCCGAAUUACGUCAUCUUACGAGUAUCUGGAGUUAAGAUUCAACCGAGUGGUCAGACUCAUGGGAUCUUUUAUCUUUAUUAUCAAGAUGCUGCUUUACAUACCGCUAGUGAUAUACGUGCCGGCGCUAGCCUUCAAUCAAGCGACCGGAGUAGACCUCUACACGAUCGCGUUGCUAGUCUGUGCUGUGUGCAUCUUCUACACGACACUGGGUGGCUUGAAAGCAGUCGUCUGGACGGACACUAUUCAGACGAUGUUGAUGUUCGGUGCCGUCAUCGCCGUUGCCGUACUCGGCACCGCUAGAGUCGGCAGCGUGGCGGAAGUGUGGAAAAGGAAUGCCGAUUCCGGGAGAAUUGAGUUCUUCAACAUGGAUCUGGAUCCUACGAUAAGGCACACUUUCUGGGGCGUGGUGGUUGGCAAUUAUUUAAAUUGGCUGGCCACGUGCUCGGUGAACCAAGCGAUGGUGCAGCGAUGCCUGGCGAUGCCGAACUUGAGGAAGUCGAAUGUGGCGAUUAUGAUAAUGGCCAUAGGCAUAAGCAGCAUUGUCUCGUUAUGUUGCUACAUGGGAAUCGUCAUUUACGCGGCCUUUUAUGACUGCGAUCCGGUCUCGACAAAGCAAAUACGAAAGCCCGAUCAGCUGUUACCAUAUUUCGUGAUGGAAUUGUCAGAGGCGAUACCAGGCUUACCAGGAUUAUUCAUUUCCGGUGUAUUCAGUGCGGCAUUGAGCACAAUGUCGACCGGAUUGAAUUCCAUGUCGGGCGUAAUCUACGAAGACAUGAUCAAGCCGUGUCUCCGUAAGCCGAUCUCCAACGUCGGCGCGAGUCGCAUAAUGAAAGUCACGGUUGUGAUAAUAGGAGCUAUUUGCGUGGGCCUCGUAUUUAUGGUGGAGAAACUGAGCGGUCUAAUUCAGGCUGGUAAGAGCUUAUCGGGAGUAACUGCCGGGCCCUUACUUGGAAUGUUCACGUUGGGCAUGCUAUUUCCAAUGGCCAACUCUAUGGGAGCACUCGUCGGUGCGCUGGUUAGUCUGAACUUAGUCGCUUGGAUCUCGUUCGGCACGCAAGCGGCGAUUUCCAACGGAUCGGUUUAUUUCCCGGUGAAACCGGUAUCGGUGGAUGGAUGCACCGAAUCGUUGAGAAACACCGCUGGAAACCUCACGAUGAUCGUCGAGACUGCUGUCAGGGAACAACCAUUCUUCCUAUACAGAAUGUCGUAUCUCUGGUACACGUGGGUGGGUUUUCUAAUUACGAUUCUAGUGGGCCUAUUGGUCUCGUGGUUCACGGGUCCAUCUAAGUACAGUUGCAUGGACAAGAGAUUAUUUACACCCGUUAUACACUGUUUAUUACCGAAAGAUCCUCAGAAAGCGAAUAAGGCUGAACUCGCGAAAAUGACGAACGACGUGAACGACAUAACGCAAACUUCUUCAAAAUGUUAGUCAUCAUUUCUCUUUUAUCUUAAUUGCAGUUCAAUUGGGCAAAAUACAUACGAUCGUACAUGUCAAAUUUGUAUUCGUGUAUUCGAUUUAGUCCCGAUAUCUCAUAAAAUUAUAUUAUAAACUACUCAUAAUCGUUUAACGACACAAAUAAUGCCGUUACAUAUGUUGUAAAUGGUUUAAUAGUUUAAACCUCAUAGUGCACCGUCAUCGGUCAAUCACAAUACAAGGCGGGACUAACGUCGAAUACAAAUCGUUACGCGCGCGCAAAUUAAUCUUAUGUAAACCACUAUAUAAACCCAGGCAGUGAUUCAAAGUUGCCGACUUAAUUUUAUACGCUAUACAUUAUAUAUAUCGCCCACUUAAUUACGUUUAAUUAGGCCGAUGAUAAUUUACAAAAAGAACAAAUAUUAGUUCUAAUAUAUUUGCACUUCUAUUUGUAUACACGUUGAAGAAUGACUUUUGCGCAAAAGAAUACUGAUUCAUGGUAUAAAUUUUUAGGCAAUGAAUAACACAUUUAUGUUGUAAAAUCUACCAAAAUACCCGGCGCCUGAGCGUAAAUAUAAUGAUUAAUAUAAA